ACUCCCCAACUAUACACGUUGUUUGUAAACGAAUUGAAAUGAUAAAUUAUUAUGAGCACUACGCUGCUUAUGCAAUCGAAACGUGCAAUUCCACGAAACAAAGCAAAUACUACAUACUUAGCGUUGAUAAUCUAGCUGGCCCUCCUAUUAACCUUCAUAAAACAGCUCGGGGGUUGAACAUGAUUAGGCCGAAACAAUAUUGCUAAAUAACAUAUUCGAACAGAAAAUUGUACGUUUAUUGUACUUACAUGUCGCAAAGAAAAACUCUAACGCAUAAUGGAACACUCGGAAGAAACUAACAGUAUGGGAACGGUAGUAGUAUCAACGCAAGCCACUUCAGACGAAGAACCAUCGCAAUUUGUGAACAUAGAAGAUUUUGAACAAAUUCCGAUUAUAGGCGUUAUGAAUGUUGAAAACAAUAAUUCUACCUCAAACACGAAUGAAAACGAAACCUCCGCGGAUGAUACAUUUACGUGCCAACAACUUAUACAGAAGUAUGCAAGCUCUAAUGCCGAUAUACUUGAAUUGUAUGCGUUGCUUAAUAGCUGGAAUGUAGGAGAUCUGUUCCCGUAUUGCUGUCGCCAACACUUGUACGUCGGUGUGCUGAGACAUCUUACUCCGGAAAUGGCUAUAUCAAUUUUGAACCAACCGUGUAUCCCUCUGGGGGCACAAGUUGAAUUCUAUCACCACUGGCACAACUGGAUGGAAUCUGCGCGUUCAACAAUCGACGUCGAGAAAGCCGAAUGUUCUUCGCAGUCCAUUACGAGCAAAUCUUCGAUGAACGAAUCAAAUUCAGCACAACAGUCCAGAGCUAUGGAAGCUCCGCUUGAUUUGAACACCAUAUUAAAGUCAAAUCACUGA